GGAGCUCUCGCUCUUUCCGUCCGGGGCCGGUGUUUGGACCUGAAGAGCCGGACAGCGUCGGGAUCAGGUCUCCGAGGCCGCACCGGGUUAUGUGCCUCCAUGAAUACGAGGAAACGCCACGGCUCUAGAAACACCGACCAAGGCGUUUACCUGGGGCCUUCCCAGACGCAAGUUCUGCCCCCGUUUGCCGCUGCCGCUGCCACAACCCCAGCAGCACCCCCUCCAGUCCCGCAGGACACCAUGUCGUGUCAAGAUCGCACCCAGGAGUUCCUCUCCGCCUGCAAGUCCUUGCAAAGCAGACAGAAUGGGCUUCAGCUGAACAAACCAACAUUAAAUGCUGUACGGCAAAGAAGCGAAUUCACCGUCAUGGCCAAGCGCAUUGGGAAGGACCUUAGCAACACUUUUGCCAAGCUGGAGAAGUUAACGAUCUUGGCCAAGCGGAAAUCGCUGUUUGAUGACAAGGCGGUAGAGAUCGAGGAGCUGACCUACAUCAUCAAACAGGACAUCAACAGCUUGAAUAAGCAGAUUGCACAGCUGCAAGAGUUUGUGAAGGCCAAAGGCAGCCAGAGUGGGCGGCACGUGCAAACCCACUCAAACACCGUGGUGGUGUCACUGCAGUCCAAGCUAGCCUCCAUGUCCAACGAUUUCAAGUCUGUCCUGGAAGUGCGGACGGAGAAUCUCAAACAGCAGAAGACUCGCCGAGAACAGUUUUCCCGUACGCCAGUGUCCGCCAUGCCUCUCUCUGCCAGCAAUCUAGGUGGAGCCGCUGUGCUUCAGGAUGAACCCCGACGCUCAGGGGACGUAGCUAUCGAUAUGGACAACCGGACCAGCCAGCAGUUGCAACUCAUUAAUGAACAGGACACAUACAUUCAGAGCCGAGCAGAUACUAUGCAGAACAUUGAGUCUACUAUUGUCGAGCUCGGCUCCAUAUUUCAGCAGUUGGCACACAUGGUCAAAGAGCAAGAGGAGACCAUCCAGAGAAUCGACGCCAAUGUGGAAGAUGCUCAGCUGAAUGUAGAGGCGGCACACACGGAGAUCCUGAAAUACUUCCAGUCCGUCACUUCCAACCGCUGGCUGAUGGUGAAGAUCUUCCUCAUCCUCAUCGUCUUCUUCAUCAUCUUUGUGGUGUUCUUGGCCUGAUGGCAGUGGCAGCUGAGUCGCCUGCCCCCACUCCCUUUUUUGUCAGAGCCACGUUGGGACACUGGACUCUCCCACUUGCUCUUCUGGUAGCUGGCAUGUGGCCAAGGUGCCCACCGUGUGUCUAGCACUGAAGGGGGGGGGGCGGGUGGCCACCCUCACUUGUGACUUUUGGCCCGGAGCGGGGCCACUCUAAUUGGAGUGCAAUAGCAUUGGGACUAUGCUGUGAAGGGCUCUGCCUCAACCUCCUCCCUCCCCCCCACGGGACAUGAUCCAGCAGGGGCAUGUAGAGGGACCAGCAUCUUGUUUCUCUUUCUGUAUACUAUCUAUUUGCCCUAAUACCUGGGAUUCAAGCGCUAACAGAUGCACACACAUCCCUUCUUGUUGUUGGAAUGCACCUUCAACCCCAUACGACAUCCAGCACAUCUUCUUGCUAUAUGUAGAGGAAGGAAGCUGCUCCUGGGCUGUGCCUUCUGCACAGGGCCUGUGCAUAUUUAGUCUUCCCUUCUUCAGCAUAUUUAAAUAUUUCUUGCUGCUGUAAACUUGGGGAGGGGCUCCUCCAUUCAAGGAAAGUUGCCUAGCAUAGGCCAAAAAGAGCUCUUUGGAAUAGAUUUGGCUCUUUGCAGUGUGGGGCACGAUUGCCCUCUGCUCCCCCAACCUUGCCUUUGUAUUGCUGUCCCAGAAGGAGAAAUGUUCUUUAUCCUGGGUCUGGAUGUGUUGGACAGAGUAUCAUCUGUACUCCCUAGCUUUCCUUCGUGGAGGGUCGGGGUGGGAGGUAAGCAGGGCUUGCCUUCAUUGUCCCUGCCUGCCUUUGUGGUGAUGCUUAGGGAAGGUACUCUGGCCUCACAUAGAUACUGGGUUCUUUAAAUUUGCUUUAUUGCUUUCUGAUAAACAGAUUCAUCCACUAGUGCCUCCUCUUGCAAUGAAGUAAUUCAGGCCUUUGCUAUCAGUUCUAUUCUUUUCCCCCUUCCCCAAAAUUAUCAAAACUUUUCCUGCGCUCCCAUCUACUUUUUCUAAUAGUUUGAUGUAUAAAUAGAACCAAAUUAUCCUGCCCUCUUUUUUUGAUAGCUUAUGCUGAGGACAUUUCACUCCCCUCCCAGCCUGAUUAUGGAGGCUGACAUCUAUUUGAAGCAAAGGGUCACCCUGCCCUCACCAUAGGCCCCUGCUCCCCUCUCCAGUUGCAGUGGCCUUAACAUUCCGUCGUCGGCAUUCUUUUUCCAACCCACCCGUGUGUGCUCUCAUCUCUUGAGCCAGCAUGGUUAUCUGUCUACCUAGCAGAUGGGAGAAGGGGUGUUGGUGGUCAUGAUACUUUAUCCUCAAUCAAGAGGAGAACAACCCACAGGCUUUUGCCUGUGCUCAAAAGCUAUUAAAAACUUAUUUAAUAAAAAAACCAACAAUUUG